AUGCGUGGUUCUUGGAAUGGACUACAGGCAUUAUUUCUUAAAGAUUGUCCAUAUGCAUACUAUGUCCAUUGUUUUGCCCACCGUUUACAACUCACAUUGAUUUCUGCAGCUAGGGAUGUCUCAGAUAUUAAUUCAUUUUUUUCUCAUUUGGAUAGUGUUAUUAAUAUGAUUACAUCAUCUCCUAAGCGCAUCAAUGAGUUGAAAAGUGCCCAAAUAAAAGAAAUUGAGCAUUUGUUGGAAAUUGGAGAACGAGAGUCCGGAAGUGGUGCUAAUCAGAUUGGUAAUUUGCAACGAGCCGGAGGUACUCGUUGGUCUUCUCAUUACAGCUCUGUAAAGAGUUUGAUUGAUAUGUAUGCUGCAACUUGCAAGGUGCUUGAGUAUCUUAGUGAUCAUUCUCCAAAUGUAAGAUCUCGGUCCGAAGUUGGUGGUGUGUACAAAACCAUGACAACAUUUGAAUUUGUAUUUAUUUUACAUUUAAUGCGUAAAAUAUUAGCAAUUGCGGAUGUGCUUUGUCAGACCCUUCAGAAGCAAACUCAAGAUAUCUUGACUGCUAUGAGAUUUUUCCGUACUACAAAAACUAUCCUUCAAACAUUGAGAGAAGAUGGUUGGGAAGAAUUUCUUGAAGAGGUGAAAUGUUUUUGCUCAAAAAAUGAUAUACAUGUACCUGACUUUGAUGCUUCGUAUAUGGUUGGUCGUUCUCGUGGUCGUGAGUAUCCUACCGUUGAACAUCACUAUCACUUUGAUAUUUUCAAUGCAGCCAUUGAUUUUCUGAUGAUGGAGUUAGAUACAAGAUUUAAUGAGACAUCAUUAGAACUCCUUUCUCUCAGUGCAGCUUUGGAUCCAAAAGAUUCUUUUGAAUCAUUUAACAUUGAUAAUAUUUGCAAGCUUGCAGAGAAGUUUUAUCCUGAAGAUUUUUCACAGCAAGAUAUUUAUUGUUUGAAAGUUGAGUUGCAACAUUAUCAGAAUGAUGUGAUUUCCGAACCUCGAUUUCAAGUACCUACACUUUCUGAUUUAUGUCGAGAAUUGGUUGCAAGUAGAAGGUCGGAGAGUUACGUCGUUUUGACUAAAUUGAUUUGUUUAGUACUCACACUACCUGUUUCAACGGCGACUGUGGAGCGAGCAUUUUCAGCAAUGAAACAUGUGAAGACGGAAAUUCGUAACAAAAUGGAUGAUGGCUUUCUUGCUGAUUGGUACAACUACGAUAGGCAUUGGAUUAUUUUUAUCGGUGUAUGUUUAUGUUGUAGAGAUUGGGCUGUGAAGAUGAGAAGUCUGUGCAGUUGUGGUGAUUAUGGUGAAGGCAAUUGGUGUGGGCAAAUGGAUAUGUGUUCUGUUGGUAUAUUCUGCAGUAAAUGA